AUGAAUCAAUAACUUAAUUAAAUAUCCAAAUUAAAUUCAAAUAAGAAAAAUUUUCAAUCUAAAUUAAAUAAAUGUAAUAGUUAUAGUGGAGCUAAUAAGAUCCGUAAAUUAAAACAUUAUUGUCAUGGAUCAAUCAAUUCAAUAAACAUCUAUGCUAAAUACAGUGCUUAAAACAACUUGAAAGAGUUAACGCUAACUACUAUAGGUAAUAGUAUAUCCAUUGUUUAAAAAGUAAGAAAUAGAAGUACUAAACAAGAACCCAUAUUAUUGGUAGAAUUUUUUGAUGUAUGA